CCCACUCUCUCCACCAGCUCCUCCUCCUGCAGAAGCUAUCUGUAUCUGUAUCUGUCGCUGUAAAACCCCGCUGGUUUGAAGUCACGCAGUCUGCUGGAUGAGCCUCUUUCGUCCACAAACAGCAGAAACCUUCUUUAUGUUCACGUUUAUCAGUUUAUUCAGUUUGUUUCGAGGAUUUUACGACGCGAUGAGCAGCUAGCGAGCGGCCCAGAGCUAGCAGCAGCUAGCCGGAGGAGGCAGCUCCGCAGACGGACAUCUAACGAGGAUCUUCGGCCCUUUUUGACGGUUGUUUUCGUGCAUUACCGUCAUUAAUCUGACCGAGCUCGGAUCAUGUUGAGUGAGGAGUCGUGUUUCCUGUGCGUGUAGCCGGGCAGCAGCAGCAGCUUGGUGCCGACAGAGUGGACUGUUUCGGGGUUUGGUGAGAGGAGGAUGGCAUUUCACGGCGCCGGCCGGCAGACCGUCUGUGGAGACUUGUUUCCGGGCUCUGAGCUGGGCCACAAGUAUUUCUGUGUCAACUCCUCCUGCGGAGCCCCCUCCACGGGCCUCAGCGCCACACCGUGCCUGACCGGACCCACCGCCCCGGCCGGGACCCCUCGCCACCCCACUGCUCUCGGUGGGAGCGCCGGCGGAGGAGCGGCGGUGCCUCAGCCCUACAGCAACCCGGCCAGCGAGGUGCCCAGCCCCGCAGAGAUGGAGCCAGACCGGCCCAUCGGCUAUGGGGCAUUCGGUGUCGUCUGGUCGGUUACCGAUCCACGUGACGGCCGCAAGGUGGCUUUGAAGAAGAUGCCUAAUGUCUUCCAGAACCUGGUCUCCUGCAAGAGGGUCUUCAGAGAGCUGAGGAUGCUGUGCUUCUUCAAACAUGACAACGUUCUGUCAGCCCUGGACAUUUUACAGCCUCCACAAAUCGACUGCUUUGAAGAAAUCUACGUGAUAACAGAACUGAUGCAGAGCGACCUCCACAAAGUGAUCGUGUCUCCUCAGCCUCUCACCACCGACCACAUCAAGGUCUUCCUCUAUCAGAUCCUCCGAGGGUUGAAGUACCUGCACUCUGCUGGGAUUCUGCACAGGGACAUUAAACCUGGAAACCUGCUGGUCAACAGCAACUGUCUGCUCAAGAUUUGUGACUUCGGCUUGGCGCGGGUGGAGGAGCCCGACCCGUCGCGUCACAUGACCCAGGAGGUGGUGACGCAGUACUACAGGGCGCCGGAGGUGCUGAUGGGCUGCCGACACUACGGCUCGGCCAUCGACGUCUGGUCUGUGGGCUGCAUCUUUGCUGAGCUGCUGGGGCGACGCAUCCUCUUCCAAGCCCAAAGUCCCAUUCAGCAGCUGGAUCUGAUCACGGACCUGCUGGGAACGCCUCCUCUGUCGGCCCUGGCGUCGGCCUGCGAAGGAGCCAGAGCCCACAUCCUGAGGGGGCCACACAAACCGCCGUCGCUGUCGGUGCUCUACAUGCUGUCUGACGGAGCCACACACGAGGCGGUGCACCUGCUCUGUCGGAUGUUGGUCUUUGAUCCUGCUAAACGGAUCUCCGGCAGCGACGCCCUCUCCCACCCGUACCUGGACGAGGGCCGCCUGCGCUACCACACCUGCAUGUGUCAGUGCUGCUACUCUGUGCCCAGCGGCAGAGUUUACACCCGAGACUUCGAGCCGGUCGCCGAGCGGCCGUUCAGCCACAGCUACGAGAACAGCCUGCUGUCUGUGUGGCAGGGAAAAGAGUUAAUCCAUCGCUUCAUCACGGAGCACCAGCAGGGCAAACGAGUGCCACUGUGCAUCAACCCUCAGAGUGCUGCCUUCAAGACCUUCAUCAGGUGAGGGAGAGGAGGAAGAGCUCG